CAUCUUCACACUUCCUAGUGAUUAAAAGUCAAAAUUAUCUCAUCAAUAUGUCUACCACUCAAUCCCAAUACGUCGAGUUAUCGCUGCUUCCCAGUGGCUUCUUGACCCUGCCUGAACAUUUUUUCUGCGCUGAUCAGCUCGAUAAAUCGGUACGCAGCACGGUGCCGUCCUUGUCGUUUUUCAUCAAACAUCCCGUCACCAACACUCGCAUCGUGUUCGACUUGGGACUUCGAAAGAAUCUCAGCAAUUAUCCCUCCAAUAUUCACCCCCAUCUGCAAACACGGCAACCCAUUACGACAAUCCCUGAUGCAUCUGAUUCCUUACGAGUUGGUGGCUUGCAACCAGAGGAUAUCGACCUUGUCAUCCUGAGCCAUGUGCACUAUGACCAUAUCGGUACGCCAAGCGACUUCAAAAACGCUCACUUUGUGGUUGGGUAUGGAACCAGACAUCUCUUACAGCACGGUAUGAGCUAUCAUUCGGCUGCCAAGUUUGAGAAAGAUCUUCUCCCGGAUGACCGUACAAUCGAGCUCCUGAGUCAGAGCACGCCCCCAAAAUAUCGAAUACCAAUCGAGAACGACAUGUCUGCUACCCAUACGCUCGAGGGCGUUCUAGGUAUCAAGCACCGGUGGCAACCUCUUGCUCCCUUCGAUAAUGCGAUUGAUCUAUUCGGAGACGGUCUCAUAUACAUUGUCGACAGCCCUGGCCACCUGGUUGGUCACUUGAACCUCUUGGUGCGCAUAGGCCGAGAUCACUGGGUUUAUCUGGCUGGGGAUGCUUGCCAUCAUGGCCGUCUCCUGAGGGGCAUGACCGAGUUCGCCGAGUGGGAGGAGAGCGGUGCAACCGUGUGCAUCCAUGCCGACAUGGCCCUCGCCAUUGAAACGCUAGCCAAGAUUCGCCGUCUCCAAAGUGAGGGGUUCGCGGGAUGUAAGCAUGUGGAGGUGAUCCUGGCGCAUGACUUGGGAUGGUAUCAAGAGCAUCAGGAUGCCAUUUUCCCCGGCCUUCUCCACGACAAUUCGGCGUAAAUGGGACGAUCGCCGAAAGUCAACCCUUGCCGAGUCUUUGGCACUAUUAGCCAGUGGCUGAAGUCAUGUGGAACCAAGGAAUUGCCUGGGCGUGGAGAAGAGUGUGGAGAGGGAAAUGCAUGC